AGGUAAAUUCUAGUUUCAGCCAUUAUGUGGCAGUAAGGAUAAAGAUUAACUUAGUUAAUGGGAUACAAAGGCAAUAUCUUAACGCCUCUUACUUGAAACCGAAACUUUUCCGGAUAACAACACGCUUUUCCUCGAGUGUAAAUGAUUCCAGUAUCAGACGCCGAUCCCAUCCUCCUCUCUAAAUUGCGGGGUUUCCGAGCAGACCGUGAAUGAGUCAUGACGCCCCGCCCAGACGCCGUGACAACAGACGCUGCUCCUCCGACGCGCUGUCCAGGUGUUCGGUGUAUGAUAUUGCAGAGAUCCGGAGCGUUUUGGAGCUUUAUCAGUGAAUCUGCAUGAAAUGGCCUAACGUGAUAUGCUUUGUCUCCGAGCCCAGCUCUCCCUCGGACGUGUGGAAUGCAGUCUUUCCGCCCCUGCUCCCUCAUCUCUCAGAGAAUGACGCGGGAACACCGUUAAAAUGAAGACUGACACGGGGAUGAGAAUUUGAGCUGUGUGUUUAUACCUCGAGUGGGAUAAGCUAGCUGUUACGCUAGCAGGCUAGCCAGACAGCUCAGACACCCGGCGGCGGCGGAUAUCGGAUUCGUGCGGCCAUGGCUGGGCUCAUCAAGAAGCAGAUCCUGAAGCAUCUCUCCAGGUUUGCUAAGAACCUGUCGCCGGACAAGAUCAACCUGAGCACGCUGAAGGGGGAGGGCCAGCUGACCAACCUGGAGCUGGACGAGGAGGUUCUGCAGAGCCUGCUGGACCUCCCCACCUGGCUGGCCAUCAACCGUGUGUGCUGCAACAAGGCCGCCAUCAGGAUACCAUGGACAAAGUUGAAGACUCACCCGAUCUCUUUGACCCUGGAUAAAGUGGAGAUGGAGAUGAGCACCUGUGAUGAGCCCCGCCCCCCUAAUGGCCCGUCUCCCAUAGCAACGGCAUCAGGACAAAGUGAAUAUGGCUUUGCGGAGAAGGUGGUAGAAGGGAUGUCACUGUCGAUCAACUCCAUCGUCAUCAGGAUCAGUGCCAAGGCCUUUAACGCCUCCUUCGAGCUCUCCCAGCUGCAGGUCUACAGCGUCAACACCAGCUGGAGCAUCAGUGACCUACGAUUCACCCGCAUCCAGGACCCUCAGAGGGGAGAGAUCCUGACCUUCAAGGAGAUCAGCUGGCAGAUGAUCCGCAUCGAGGCAGACGCCAUCCAGAGCGCCGAGCACGACAUGUUGAGCGCCCCAAUUCGCCUCAUCACCAACCAGUCCAAGAUCCGAGUCACACUCAAGAGACGGAUCAAGGACUGUAACGUGGUGGCUUCCAAGCUGAUUCUGAUCUUGGACGACCUGCUUUGGGUGCUGACCGACUCCCAGCUCAAAGCCAUGGUGCAGUACGCCAAGUCUCUGAGCGAGGCCAUGGAGAAGUCCGCACAGCAGAGGAAGAGCAUGGCCACGGAAGACCAGGUGUCGUCGGCGCCCCCCUCAGCCCAGCAAGUGCGCACCCAGCAGGCGUCCACCGCAGCUGACCAGAGCGCAACCAUGGCCAAGCUGUUCAGCGCCUACGAUGUAUGCGAGACGUCCCACCACCUCCAGAUCACACACCUGGACCUGCACAUCUGUGACGACAUCCACGCUCAGGACAAAGUGGUCAAUAAGAGGAUAACAGGUGGAGCAAUGCAGCUUUCCUUCAGCUCCAUCACUCUGGACUACUACCCUUUCCACAGAGCAGGCGACAGUUGUGUCCACUGGAUGCACUACAGCGAGGCCACCAAGACCAGAGAGGGCUGGGCACGGAAUCUGCUCGAUGAGUUCAAGUCCAACGUGGAAAUGUUAAAGAAUGCAGUUCGAGACCAGCAAGGCCCGCCCCCUGCACAAAGUUCCCCCCAACACGUGUCCCUUAGGGACGAUGUGUAUGGGCCUCUAGGAAGUCAGGAGAGAUCAGGAGAAGGAGGAGUAGGGCUUAGGGAGGCAGAUGGAGGACUCGUAGAGUGGAGCUCACACUCACAGCGUCCGGCCCAGUGCUGCUGGUGUCUAGAGCCAGGUAAGAUUAACACGUCCUCCAGCGUUACCUUCAGCCCUCCACCCACUCAAAGCCCCAAGACGCAGCUCAUGUCCAGCUCUGUUGUUCUCAGGAUGGCUGACUUCAGCAUCUACCAGGUGUCAACAGCGGACCAGGUUCGCUCCAGCCCAAAGGCCAUGAUCUCCUGCAAUAAGAAGUCCUUGUACCUUCCCCCAGAAAUGCCAGCCAUUCAUGUGGAGUUCACGGAGUACUACUUCCCUGAUGGAAAGGACUACCCAAUCCCGUGUCCUAACCUGUACGCCCAGCUGAACGCCCUGCAGCUCGUCCUGGACCCUCGCAGCCUGGUGUGGAUCAACCUUUUCGCCCUCGACCUCAGGCAGAGCCUCGAGCAGUUCAUGGAGAUCUACAAGCUCAGUGACUCGCAGAAACCAGAAGAGCACGUUGACAUCAAGGUUGAUGGCCUCAUGCUCAAGCUGGUGAUUCCCACCGAUCGGGAUGCCUCCUGCCCGGCAGACCUGCCUCGCUCCAUCUCAGUGCAGACCUCAGAAAUGGUCGCCACGAACACCCGACACCCUGCAAACUGCACCCGAUCCCACCUUGAAGCCCUGCUGCAUGCCUUCGAGGAUGAGCCUUUCUUCUCCCCUACUUUCUUCUCAUUCCCUCGCUCCUCGUCCUCCUUACCCCUCCUCCAUCCCGUCUUCCAGCGACACGCUCACGAACAAGACACCAAGCUCCACGACAUCUACCGGGGCCUUGUGGUGCCGACGAUGGGCACAGACGCCCUCAAAAUGCCAGCUGCUACCGACUUUUGGGCGCUGCACUUUGCCCAGUUCUGGGUGGACUACGAAGGCACCCGCGGAGGCAAAGGGCGACCGCAACCCUUCGUGGACUCCUUCCCUCUCACCGUGUGGGCGUGUCAGCCUGCGAAGAUCGUCCAGCACCAGGAGAGGCUCAGAAGCGCUGCUGAAUCAGGUUUAACCAGGAGCACAUCUGGAGAGGCCGUUGCGCGCCUGCAGAGGAAACGAUUACUGAAGGAGUAUUACAGCACCGAGAGCGCACCAGCGUCAUCUCACAGCAACAAUGCAACACCUCCACCCAGCAACGGACUCCAUAAACGCUUCUCAUUGGGCAGUCUGCCUUCCUCCUCCUCUUCUUUGUCGUCAUCGAGUAAAGAUGCGGGUGUGCAUAUACUGGUGCAUGUGCAGAAGCAUUUAAGUGCUCAGGUGAGCCACCGGCAGUAUGUGUUCCUGAUGCAUCUCCAGCGCAGCAUAAAAGCCCUGCAGCAGACACUACAGCAGGACCUGGAGAAGAUGGGCUUAAAGAAAGACCGCAAGGAUCCCUCUCAGCACCCAGCAGACCACCAGCCCUUCACUGUCUGCCUGGGCCUCCUGCUGAAGAGCGCGGAGGUAUCCAUGCUCCUGAAGCCCGUCGCCCAGCCCGAGGGUUCGGGCUCUCCUCUGGGGUCCGAGCUCUCCCCCUCAGAGAGCCGAGGAACUCUUGAGCCUGGGAGUGAAGCGGGAGACGGGCCGGAGAAGGGGACAGAGGGAGCUGGAUCUGGGUUUGAAGGAGGGGCAGCCAAAGGGGGCUGCACUGUAGACCAGCUGUUAUGUGGUGAAGGCUCGGACGGUCCUACACCUCUCGUCCCCACCACGAAUCACAAAGCCUCACUGGAGGAGAGGACUUCAGCUAAGAACUCUUCAGAUGAAGGAGGCGAGGCGGUCCUGGACGGGUUGGGCGGGGGUGAUGGAGCUGGGCUAGACUCUAGAACCCAGGCGAGUGACCCCCUGUCGGACCAACUCGGCAGCAAAGACUGGAACGACAAAGACUCUGCUGCAGCCUCCAAGAUGUCUCAGUCAAUAUCCAGGAAAGGAAGUUUGUCUGUGGUUUCUGAUCUCCUGAGCUCCUCAAACUCCAGCAGAUCCACCUCCCUUUAUUCCAUGUCCAACAUUGGUCGUUUGAUGCGGGACCGCUCCCAGUCCAGUUUCUCAGUAUCCUACAAGAACAUGAAGAAGAGCCCGUCGCUGCAGUCGCUGGACAACAUCUCCAUCGACAGCUACCUGAUGGAGGACGGAGACACAUACAGUCUGCUGGAGAGAGAUGACGUGUCCAUCUCAGGCUUCAAAGACGCCAUCAGCGAACAGAGUACCACCGAGAGCGCCGCAGAGGCAGCGACUGGUCACGAGCAGGAGGGAGGCGUGUCUCCUGACACCGUCAGCGCUACCUCCCAGAGCACCGACGAUCCCACGAAAGAUAUAGUGUCGGUGCUGGUGCUGAAGGUGCAGUCGGUGUGUGUUGGCAUGGAGGCGGUGGGCGAGAGCGCGGUCGUGGCUCUGGAGGUGGGCCAGGUCACACCCAGCCAGCUGGGCAACGUCUGCCUCAGACAGUACCUCAGCAACCGCAGCCUGGGUAUGGUGUGUUCAGUACCAAUACCUGCUCAAAGCAGCCAAGCAGGUGGUGACAUCAACUCCGCAUCCCACAAGGGCGUCCACAGUCCGGAGGUGCGGGCUCGCCUGGAGAGCGGGCCCUGCGCCGCGGCUCACUCCCCGCUGGCCGAGCGCAACGGCUUCCUGCAGCUGCGUCUCGACGGAUACCGAGCCAGCUUCUUGAUGUCCACGAUGCGUAACCUGGCCCACUUCCUGGAGGACGACACCGCGCCGCAGGUGCUGCCCAUGGAGAUCAGCGUCAGAGACACACACAUCAACAUGAAGGACGACGGCCCCCGGGACAAUCCCUCCGACCCCGAGCCCUCGCCCAUCACCCUGCAUGUGGACAGCCUCAUCAUACACAGAAGAGACGACGGCUCCUUCUCUAUAGGAGUGGACACGGCAGCGGAGGCCAAGCCGAGGAAUGAAGGCACGUUGGCUGACAGCACCCUGAGUCCGGUCCCCGAGGUUAGGACCGCCGUCUGCUGUGCACCAAAGGCUACGCAGACCCAAACCCCGCCCCCCAGCCCCCCUCCAUCGAGCAAAGAAAAGAUGCUGCUGGAGGAGAACGAAUGUUUGAAGGUGGAGCUCUCCCGAGCCAAGCUGGCACUGGCCGAGGCUCAGAUGGAGAAGGACUCGCUGCUGCACCGCAUGAAGAGCCUCAAAGUCAACACCAGCUAGACCCGGCUCUCUCUCUCUCUCUCUCUCUCUCUCUCUUCACCCUCAGCCUUUCAAGUCACUCAUCCGCCCCCCUGCUGGUCUGCAGUCAGAAGAACUGAAGGGUCGAGGGGUCAGUGGCAUAAUUAAAGGAAAAAAGGGGGAUUUUGUGACUAAAAUGGCUCCGUUUACACGCUUUUUUGUUGAGUGAGCCGCCGCGUGACUUUAGACCUUCAAAAUAAUUCCCUCAUAAAGCAAUGCAGAGUCUGCGUGAAGACUCAAAAAACCCCCCAAAAACAACAACAUGUUUUUACACGCUUGUCGUCUGUUUUGUGUUCUCCACUUCGGACCGUGGAGGCUGGGAGCGAGUUGGAAAAAUGGGGAGGGAAUGACAUCUAGCGUGUGCGUGUGUUUGUUUGUGCGUGUGAAGAACGAGGAACGAGGAUCUAUAUCCAUAGUUGUGCCUACACGAAAACCCUUCCCACACUACUCCUGUUGUGUAAGUUGAAAAACAAAAAGAAUCACAGCUAAUCUUACAUGAGCUUCAUUCAGUCCCCGUAGGUAUGAAGGAACACUGAAUGUCGUAUCUUCAGAAGAAUGUCUAAAGAAAAAAAAAAAAAAGACGACUUAUUUUGCACUGCACUGAAACUUGUUAUUUCGUGCUUUCAUAUUCAGAGAGGACGAGACAAAUCACUCUCUCGCUCGUCCUCUCGAGCGUGUACAGUGUAUAUUGUAUAAGAAUGUGAACACAUGACUAUUUUCUUCAGAACUUUGCAGUGUUUCAGUUGAAUGUGUGUGUGUUUGUCUCAGCAAGAACAAGCAUUUCAUUACAGACAGAAAUUUAUAUCCGUCAGUUCCACAGCUUUGUCAGCAAAAUGCCCCCACAAGCAUCAUCUGUAUCGCCUCCCUCCUUCCCUCCUUCCCUCCUUCCCUCCUUCCUUCCCUCUUAUUUUUCUAUGUGUAAAUAUCUACUUAACAUGUGCAGCACUUUUAAGAAAUGAGGCACUGUAAAUACAAUUUAGAACUGUGAGAGAACGAGAGCGGAGAGAUUUAGAAAAGGAGUAGGAAUAUAAAGGCACAUUGAAGCUGCCUGACUACAUAUACGUGUUUGUCUUUGUGUAAAUUUCUAACCUGCCAUGAGUAGUGUGUUUUUUUUGUUUUGUUUUUCUUUUCUUGAACAAGCGUCGGGCGUAUCUGCUGCUGUUCCAUGCUUCAUGCCCGUGUGACAAUGACGACGACUUCGGGGCAAAGACCCCCGAGCAGACGUUAAAAGUGACUGUGACUUUAUUUUCUAACAGCACAUGCUUUGGCACAGCACAAGAAGACUUUAAAAAAAUAAGGACAGUUCGAAACCCUCACAUAAAGGUCAUCCGUCAGUAAACAUAUGCAACAUAUCAGCUUGUUUCAUUUCAGUUUCUGUCCUCCAAAAAAAUAAUUCGUUCUGGUUUCUGUAUCGGUGGUUGAACACACCUGGUGCUCUGCGAAAGACAGAGCUGGGACUUUAACACGACUGUAUGUGAAGAGUUUUUCUUUUUCAUCCAUUCAUGACAGCCGCCCUCCUCCUCCUCCUCCUCCUCCUCCUCCUCCUCCUCCUCCUCCUCCUCCUCCUUCCCUCUGAGCGAAACUCUGUCGAGGAAGAAAGAGACACAAAGUAAUAAUAAGUUGUAUUUUGUCUGUCAAAGCUGCUGAAAUACUGAUGAAAAAUAAAAGGGUGUCCGACCUCGAGUGACGUCACUUGAGGCAAUUUAUCAGA